CAAACUGCUGUCAUGUCAUUUAUAUUUUGUUGUUCUUCAAAGCCGGUGUGGCAGUUUUAAAUGUUGGGAAUGUGUUAAAUGUAUUAUUAAAACAGUGUGUACACGAUAAAUAAUCGCGUCCAACUCGGAGAAUGAUAAAAGGCAGUUCGUGUAACAUGUUUUACUUUCGAUGUGUGUUGUUCAUAUUGUUUUUCGCGUUUUCAUUGGAUAAAGUGGAUUUGUUGGAGAAUGGUAUGGCCCUCACCCCUCCCAUGGGGUGGAUGUCGUGGGGAUAUUACAUGUGCAGCACCAAAUGCGAGGAGGAUGAGGAUAAAUGUCUCAAUGAAAAAUUAAUUCUGUCAGUAGCUGAUAGUUUCUACAAUGAAGGCUACCAAGAGGCAGGGUAUGAGUACAUUAUCAUUGAUGACUGCUGGUCAGAAAGGCACCGGGAUGAGAAUGGCAGACUGGUGCCAGAUAAAAGGAGAUUUCCUCGAGGAAUGAAGUUUUUAGCUGACUAUAUCCAUUCAAAAGGUUUGAAAUUCGGCAUUUACACUAACAUAGCUAAUGUGACGUGUAUGAGAUACCCGGGGUCUUACAGCCAUUUGGACAUAGAUGCCCAGACUUUUGCCGAAUGGGGCGUAGAUUACCUUAAAGUAGAUGGAUGCUUUGUUACUGAAGAUUAUCUUAAUGUGGGAUACAUAGAUCUGGGCCUCGCUUUAAAUAGGACUGGCAGACCUAUGGUCUACUCUUGUAGUUGGCCGUAUUACAUCGAAUACAUUCAUAAUAAUAAGCCGAACUACACGGAAAUAUCAAAAUACUGCAACAUGUGGCGAAACUACCAUGACGUGCAGACUUCCUGGGACGCCAUCUUAGGCAUUAUCCAACACUACAGGUCGCGGUACAAGGAAUUAGCGCCACACCACGGUCCGGGACACUGGAACGACCCGGAUAUGUUAAUAUUCGGCACUGGAGUCCUAACACACAGCCAAAGCCGGGUGCACUUAGCAGUGCUAGCAAUGUUAUCAGCCCCAAUCUUACUAAGUUGUGACAUGAAGAAAAUCACCCCAUAUGAGAAGAAGUUACUACAGAACUUGGAUAUUAUUGCCGUGGCUCAAGAUCCUAUGGGUAUUAUGGCGCAACCUUAUAAGUUACCAGACCUAUGGAACGGUUUCGUAUGGGUGAAGCCUCAUUUACCGAAGAAAGGAGAUCAGUUUCCGUCCUACACUUUUGCGUUUGUCAAUUUGGAUAUAGAUGAGAGUGAAGUGUCUAUCACACUAAGCACUUAUCAUUUGAAUAAUACGGAUGGAUAUACUGUGCUGGAUGUGUUUUCGGGAGAGUUUAUAAGAAAUGUAACGUAUUACGAAACCUUUGAAGUAACGGUUCCAGGUGUAGAUGUCAUCAUGUAUACUCUGUACCCGCUUUAAAAAGAUGCCAUCACACAAGAAUAAACUUAAAAAAUGUAAUAUAUCUCUAUGUGCUCGAAGAUAAAGUUGAGUUUCGAAUGACAAACAGUAUGGGUAAUGUUCAAAAAUAAUUGGUGAUGGUUACAAAAGUGUAUGCGACAUUUAUCAUCAUCAUCAUCCUCAUCAUCAGCCUAUCGCAGUCCACUGCUGGACAUAGGCCUCUCCAAGUGCACGCCACUGAGAUCGAUUUUCGGCUUCUCGCAUCCAGCUCCUGCCAGCCGUCUUGCGCAAGUCCACCGUGCCUCACCGUGCCGUGUCGACAUUUAUAUGGUGAUAAAAUUAAAUCACAGCAAUAUGUAAUUUAAGUAUUAAAUAGAGUUAGAAAAGCUAAAGUAUUCAUUAAUAGAUUACAAUGUCAUGGGUACCUACAAAUAAAGGCCCGUAUUCACCUACAACAUAAACCUACGUUUUUCUUAAAACAACUCUAAAUUAAACGUAAAAAUUCAUUGUAACAUUGCGUUGCGGAGAGGAGAUGUGAACUGUGUGUUUAUCGUACAACGAUACUUUUGCUUCGAUGUUAACAUCAAUGUGCCCGAUUAGACACUUCUCCGCUCUGCCGCGCCGCUUGCUCGCUCGCUGCACAAAAUUCUAUAGAAAAAUGAGUCAUCUCCUCUCCUCUCCGGUUGAACCAUUUCCACCUAAGCUAAGCGGAGAAGAGAUGUGGAAAUAACGAAAUUGGAUUGGUUUAUUCAAACUCGUCUCCUCUCCUCUCCGCUUUGGUGGAUACCGGGCCUUACGAUAACUAACGUGUAUCUGGUUGGUGAACAUAGGCCUAAAAUGUGUAAUAUAAUUUAUUUGAGCAACAAAAGUGACAACUAUAUGUUCUGACGUAAGAUAAAUUGGACUUAGGUAUUCACAUUUAUUUGUUCUUGAAUUAAAUUGUAAAUGACAGUGACACAUUUUUGUGACUUUGACACGAAUAUUCAAGGGGAUAGACUAAAAAUAAUUUUUAUUUUACAAAGAAACUAUUGGGUAAGAUACAAUUUGUAUAAUAUUUUGUUUUUGCAUAACUAAAUUUUGUCCCAAAAUUCUUGUAUAAAGUGUGUCAAGAUAUUUUAAUUUUUAAGACAAGAUAAAAAAGUAUAAGUGCUUAAUUUGUAUUUUCAGAUAGUUCAGAAGGGUCUGGUAUAUUUAUCAGUAUUUGUUAUAUUUCAGUUCAAUAUUAUGAAAUAUUCUUAAGUUGUUGGAUAUAUAAUUUUUUUUUAAGUUACAAAGCAUAAUAAAAAUCUACCAUAAGUCAAAAAAGUAGUUUUAAAAAGUAGUUUAGGUCAUGUCAAUACCAAGUAGGCUAGUUCCAAAGAGUUUUGAGGUUUACUUGAAGAGGUCACGACAUGUCUUCUAAAGAGGUUGUGACGUCCCAAUUUAGAACUGGCCAACUAGAAACUAGGUUAUGUUGUGUUUAUGCUCAAUUUUAUAGAUUUUAGUCCUUAUUUGUAUUGGAGUAAGUGCUAUUUCUUAUUUUUUGUUCUUUAGUGUACGUAUAGAAAAAAAAUAUUGUAUUCCAAGUGUUUUUGUAAAUAGAUAUAAUUUAAUGGACUUAAGUGUUACAGUUUCAUCUGUUUCUGCAUUUAUUUGUGUUUUAAUUAAUUUAUAGAGAUAUAAUUAUUUUCUGUUAGUCGCUGAGCGAUUUUAAACUUGCAAUAAAAUAUUUCUUUAGUGGUAAUGCGUGUAUUACGAAAUGAUAUGGAAUAGUAUAGUUAGAAAAAUAUUUAUAAUUCAAGUAAAGCCAAAUAAUUUAAGUUUGUUUUCGUUUGGUUUUAUGUAGGUAUGAAGUAAGAUUCAUAUAGUGUUUUUAGGGUAAUUAAUAUGCAUGGGACUUUCCGCAAGUUUUAGGCAUACUUUCUUAUAAGUAGUUAAAUUAAAUGUACAGUCAACAUAAGUAGAUACUAAGUGAUUACAAUAUCAUCUACCGACUGUGAAGAAAACCCUGUUUUGAGGUAAAAUGCGUUGUCAGUAAAUAAUGAAUGUGGCCUAUUCUUCUAUAACUCAUCUUUAAAACACCCACAAUUUUAAGAACCUCCUGUUUUUUGGUAGUUGGUAGAAAAAGGCACCAAGAAAAACACUCGCCCCUAGUGUCAGCUCUGUCACACAACAUUGUGAUAUUAGUAUUAAGUUUUAACGAAUUUACUGUUGUUUUAAUUACCUAGCUUAAUACUUUGAAGCGUACUUAAUUGUUAUUUUAAGAAUGCGUUAUGGAUAAUCUUUUCUUAAUUAUAAGCCCUAAAGUAAAACGUGUAGUUUCGUUGGUCAUGGAGUCAUACUUUGCAAAAAUCCAUGAAAUAAAAUGUUAGGAAAAAUAUGUAUUGUCUUGUGGAAAAAAACUGCAUAUUUUUCCUAACAUUUUAUGUUAUUGUUUUAUUUACUUCAAUUCGGACAAGAAAACACAGCUGAUACCUAAAUAUACAAUAGAAUUAUCACUGAAUAACUUUAUAUUAGGUAUAUAAUAUCAGGUAUAUUGUAGAACAUCACUGAAAAAUAACGAGUAACGUAUCCUGUACCAUGCAUUCCAAAAUAAUAUUUAAUCCUGUUUUACAAAUAAAAAUCCAACGGCGUAUGUUUGCAAUUCCUAUGCCAACGAGGCAUUUUACGUGCAAUAUAUUUAAAUUAUAAAUAUUUAACAUAACGUUUGUGCAGCUAACGAUGUAUUUCAUUCGGAAAUUGUGAUUAUAAAUUAAAUUUUGCACGAACUGUACCUAAUAAUGUAUUGUGUAUGAAUUUAUGAAUUUGAAUGUGUUACCAUGAGCGGUAAAAUAAAUUACCUACUAUGUGAAA